AUGGCCCAUGAAGUGGACCUGGAGUCCUUCAAGGAGUUGGAACGGGAGGUCAUUCUCCGGGUCCUAUAUCGAGAUCAAGCUGUUCAAAACGUCGAGGAGGAAAGGGUCCGGAAACUCAAAACACACCUGCAGCACCUUCGGUGGAAAGGGGCGAAGAGCUCCAGCCAGGAAUACAAGGAAAAGAGCUGUGCGCGUUGCCAGCGGGCCCUGGGCCUUCUGCUGAACCGUGGAGCGGUGUGCCAGGGCUGCAGCCACCGAGUGUGUUCCGAGUGCCGUGUGUUCCUGCGGAGGACUCGGGCGUGGAAAUGCACCGUGUGCUUUGAGGACAGAAACGUGAAAAUCAAAACUGGAGAAUGGUUCUUUGAGGAACGAGCCAGGAAAUUUCCAACUACAGGCAAACGGGAGACCGCUGGGGCGAAGCUACUGCAAUCUUAUCAGAGGCUGAGCAAAAUCUCUGUGGUUCCUCCAACGCCACCACCUCUCAGUGAGAGCCAGUGCAGCCGCAGCCCCAGCAGGUUACAGGAACUCGGUCACUUUAAAGGAUUUAAUAAGUCCUUGGAAAACUUGUUUCUAUCUGUCACUACCCAGAUGAAAAAGCUCUCCAAGUCCCAGAAUGACAUGACCUCCGAGAAGCAUCUUCUCGCCAUGGACCCCAGGCAGUGUGUGGGCCACACAGAGAGGCGGAGCCAGUCAGACACUGCUGUCAACGUCACCUUCAGGAAGGCCAGCACGCCCGAUAUUCUCAAAUUGUGCCAUCAAGAAGAUCCCAAGGACCCUCCCAGCCCUGUUUUGAAGCAAGAUACUCUCCCAGCCAGUCCAACACACAGCACUGUUUUCUCUGGAGGCUCGAGACACGGAAGCUUAAUUAGCAUUAACAGCACCUGCACAGAGAUGGGUAAUUUUGACAAUGCUAAUGUCACUGGAGAAAUAGAAUUUGCCAUUCGCUACUGCUUUAAAAGCCAUUCUUUAGAAGUAUGCAUCAAGACCUGUAGGAACCUCGCCUACGGAGAAGAAAAGAAGAGAAAGUGCAAUCCGUAUGUCAAGACCUACUUGCUGCCUGACAGGUCCUCCCAGGGAAAACGCAAGACUCGAGUCCAAAAGAGCACUCUGGACCCAACUUUUGAGGAAACCUUGAAGUACCAGGUGGACCCUGCCCAGCUGGCCACUCGGAGGCUUCAGGUCUCUGUGUGGCACCUAGGCACCCUUGCCCGGAGGGCAUUCCUUGGAGAGGUGAUCCUUCCCCUGGCCACGUGGGACUUUGAGGACAGCAAGACCCAGAAUGCCAGAUGGUACCCACUUCGGGCCAAGGCUGAGAAAUACGGAGAGAAUAUUCCUCAGAAUAAUGGAGAACUUGCUGUUCGAGCCAAACUGGUCCUUCCUGCAGGGCCGAGAAAGCUCCAGGAGGCCCAAGAAGGAACAGGUCAGCAAGUGCUUAAUGGUCAACUUUGUUUGGUCGUGCUGGGAGCCAAGAAUUUACCCGUGAGGUCGGACGGCACCUUAAACUCAUUUGUUAAAGGCUGUCUCACUCUGCCAGAUCAACAAAAACUGCGGGUGAAGUCCCCCGUGCUGAAGAAGCAGGCCUGUCCCCAGUGGAAACACUCCUUCGUGUUCAGCGGCGUAAGCAGCUCUCAGCUGCGGCAGUCCAGCUUGGAGCUGACUGUUUGGGACCAGGCCGUCUUUGGUAUGAAUGACCGUCUCCUUGGGGGAGCCAGGCUCGGUUCACAGGGAGGCCCUGCAGGCUGUACUGACUCGUGUUCGCAGUCUGGGCUUCAGUGGCAGAAGGUAUUGUCCAGCCCCAACUUAUGGACAGACAUGACCCUCGUCCUGCACUGAGCGAGCCUGAGGUGACCGCCUACCUUCAAAGGUCAGCAGGCUGUGGGGUCACCAGACUCGGACCGCUGGAUCCCCGGGAACCGCCUACGGCUGCGUGUGGUUAGAGGGACACACAGUUACUGCUGUCUCGGGAGUCGGGGAGGGUUACUCCCGCAGACGUGGAAACGUCCUGAUUUCAGUUCGUGCUCACCAGCUGUCCACGGCUCCUGGCAUUUUAGCAACAGAAAUUUAAGCUUUGUUGUAUGU